CUUGCCGGUGUACCGAUGUUUCUACUUUCAUUUCCGGUAGUCGGCGGUCGGUAGACUACAAAGGUCAGGUGUGUACACUAGGCCUACAGGUAAAAGAAAGACACCUAACCCAAAUCUGAGAUAGUCCACACAGUGUUAUAAUGGAGUACUGUAUCACGAAGACUUGGGAUGGACGGAACCUCAGUGGCGAGUAUGAUCCUGUCCGUAUGACCUUGAGUACUGCUAGCAAUGGAGAGGACCUUAACAUUCAUGUCGACGCUCCCUUCUUUGGGGACCAGCCUGUUCCUCCAAAUGGAAAACCAGGGGAGCCCUGCUUUGAACUAUGGCUGUAUGAAGUGGUAGAAGCUUUCUUUCUGAAUGAUAACGAUGACUAUUUGGAAAUUGAGCUAUCACCGUAUGGACAACACUUCAAUCUUGUUCUUCAUGGUGAGAUGAACUUAGUAAGGAAAGAGUUGCCAUGCACAUUCACAGCCAGUAUCCAAGGUAACAGAUGGAUGGGUGACGCAGUGUUUCCUGCUGCUUACUUCCCAAAGUGUGUCACCAAGUUUAAUGCGUUUGCGAUGCACGGCCCCCAGCCAAACAGGGUCUACGAGGCCCUUUAUCCAGUUCCUACUGGCAAAUUUGAGCUUCCAUACUUCCAUAACCUAUCUGUUUUUGAGCCGAUUGACAUGCGGAGCAUCCUCCCUAAUAACUACACUGACCAGUACAAGUCAGAGCUGUGGGACGAGAUUCUCAGUGAAAAGUCCUUGACCUUCUGCAUCAAUACGACCUGGAACGGUGAACCACUCGGGAUCAAGUACCGCCCGGCCAAACUGACGCUGACCUCCACCGAUGACGGGAACUCAUUACGUAUCAGUGUUGAUGCUGAAUUCUUUGAUGACAAGCCUGUACCUUCUACAGAGCCGGGUACUGCAUGCUGGGAGCUGUGGAACCAUGAAGUUGUUGAAGCCUUCUUCCUGAAUGAUGAUGGUGACUAUCUGGAAAUAGAACUCUCACCACAUGGACAACAUUUGAAUCUGCUUCUGAGUGGAGUGAGAAAUAUAGUUAAGAAAGAGUUGCCCUGUCAGUACAAAGUGGCUGUCCAGGGUAGCGGGCGAUGGAUCGGUGAGGCGGUAUUCCCUGUUAGUUACUUUCCCCGAGGUGUGACAAAGUUCAAUGCCUUUGCUAUCCAUGGUAGUGAGCCAGACCGUGUGUACGAGGCCUUGUAUCCUGUACCAGCAGGCUCCGCUAAACAACCAGAUUUUCACAACUUAUCCGUGUUUGAGAAGAUUGACCUGAAGGACUUACUGCCAUCACUCUACUCCGACGAGUACAAAUCGGAUCUUUGGGAUGAAGUCAAAGCCCUCUCACAGUCCAACAAACUGAAGGUCUAGUGAGGUCAGGGUCUGGUAGAGGUCAAGGUCUAGUGGAGGUCAAGGUCACAAAAGAAGGUGAUGAGGAGAAAUGAUGAGAUCCAAGGAUGUAAAGACUCAGACAGUUUAAUCACGUGUUUAUAAUGUGAUGAACUUUGUUGGUGAAGGAGUGUUUAAGAUGGAGAUGUCUGGAAAACUGGUGGAAUGGUGUUGAUCCAGAUGGUCCAGGACGUUGAUCCAGAUGGUCCAGGAUGUUGAUCCAGAUGGUCCAGGAUGUUGAUCCAGAUGGUCCAGGACGUUGAUCCAGAUGGUCCAGGAUGUUGAUCCAGAUAGUCCAGGACGUUGAUCCAGAUGGUCCAGGAUGUUGAUCCAGAUGGUCCAGGACGUUGAUCCAGAUGGUCCAGAAUACUUGAAUUUUGGAUGCAAAAUUAAUGUUCAACAUUAAAUGUUGAUCAGGAAAAGAAUGAAAUUUUUAAUGUUAUGUACUUUAUCAGCAAAAGUUUUCAAGUUAAAUUUAAUAAAAAAAAUCAACCGGUAGACGUAAUAGCCAGAAGAAGGUUUAAAAACCAAAAGGAAACAUGGAUACACAACACAGCCUCCAGGUAGUUUGUGGCAAUUAAUGGUACAUAUAACCUGUCUAACAAGACCUUCAGUCUAACAUUAAUGGUACAGUGUACAUAUAACCUGUCUAAAGAGACCUUCAGUCUAACAGUAUUGUGUCUACUUUUGUCGCUAUUUUACUUUGUAUACAGUACCUGUACGGAUCUAAAUCUAAUGGAAUAAUGUGUAAUAAUGGAAUGUACCAGGUACAUUGAUUAUAUAACAAUUACCAGGUACACAAUUAAUGAUUGUAUUAUAAUUACCAGGUACACAGUAAUUGUAUAACAAUUACCAGGUAUACAAUGCUUUUAUUCAGAUUUGUUUUUAGAUUUUUUAUUAUGUUUUUACUGGUAUUUUAAGCCCACCAUCAUCAGAUGGUGCACUAUUCAAAUCGCUGUGCGUCCAUGGUCGUUGUCCCUCCAUCCCUCAGUACCUCCGUAAACAAUUCUUUUUACCGUUAUAUUUCUCAGAAAGUAAUAAUGAGAUUUGACAAUUGUUGGUUGCUCCUGCUAUAUAGUGUCAUAUAAAGAUAUAAAGUUAAUAAAUGUUUUUAAAGAAGAGUGAAAGAAGGUAAAAUAAGAUCAAAGAUAGGUCAAUUAUUUGACUGAUAUAGAUCAUUCAGUGGUGGGCGCCAAGAUCCCUCGGGGAUCUCUUGUUAAAAAUGUUAUGAUGUACGCAUGUUCCUGAUCCCCAAGGAUUAUUAAUUCUGAAAUGAAAACUGUCACAUAGCCAAAUUACUUACGAUAGAUAUGAUCUACCAUGACUUCCUGCCAUGAGAAGUAACACUGUUACAGAGGUACACCUACCACAAACCACCUCACAUUAGAACUGUGCCUUUUUUUUUACUUGUGCAAUAAACUAUGUAUACUAUACAGGUGCCACAGUUUUCAUGUAAGAAUCGUUAACUCAAAGGUUAGUCCCUUGGUAAGAUCGCGAGCCCUUGAGGUCGAGUAGAUAUAGAAAACAAUGUAUUGUUUGGUAGAUGUAUACUAUAACCUUCUGUAGGGUGUUGUGUGUUUGUUUUGGGAUUGGUAAAUGUAUAGGUGAUGGAUUCUCCAUACACCAAACCUGUCAGGAGUUGAUAACAUUACAGUGGUGAACUUGUGACUCCGAGUCACUACAAUGGUGAACUUGUGACUCAAGAGUCACUACAAAAGUUAACUUGUGACACAGAGUCACUACAGUAGUGAACUUGUGACUCAGAGUCACUACAGUAGUUAACUUGUGACUCAGUCACUACAAUGGUGAACUUGUGACUCAGUCACUACAAUAGUUAACUUGUGACUCAAGAGUCCCUACAGUAGUUAACUUGUGACUCCGAGUCACUACAAUAGUUAACUUGUGACUCAGGGUCACUACAAUAGUUAAUUUGUGACUCAGUCACUACAAUAGUUAACUUGUGACUCAGAGUCACUACAAUAGUUAACUUGUGACUCAGUCACUACAAUAGUUAACUUGUGACUCCGAGCCACUACAAUAGUUAACUUGUGACUCAGAGUCACUACAAUAGUUAACUUGUGACUCCGAGUCACUACAAUAGUUAACUUGUGACUCAGGGUCACUACAAUAGUUAACUUGUGACUCAGUCACUACAAUAGUUAACUUGUGACUCCGAGCCACUACAAUAGUUAACUUGUGACUCAGUCACUACAAUAGUUAACUUGUGACUCAGUCACUACAAUAGUUAACUUGUGACUCAGUCACUACAAUAGUUAACUUGUGACUCAGAGUCACUACAAUAGUUAACUUGUGCCUCAGAGUCACUACAGUAGUUAACUUGUGACUCAGAGUCACAACAAUGGUUAACUUGUGACUCAGAGUCACUACAAUAGUUAGCUUGUGACUCAGAGCCACUACAGUAGUUAACUUGUGACUCAGAGUCACUACAAUAGUUAACUUGUGCCUCAGAGUCACUACAAUAGUUAACUUGUGACUCAGUCACUACAAUAGUUAACUUGUGACUCAGUCACUACAAUAGUUAACUUGUGACUCAGUCACUACAAUAGUUAACUUGUGACUCCGAGCCACUACAAUAGUUAACUUGUGACUCAGUCACUACAAUAGUUAACUUGUGACUCAGUCACUACAAUAGUUAACUUGUGACUCAGUCACUACAAUAGUUAAUUUGUGACUCAGAGUCACUACAAUAGUUAACUUGUGCCUCAGAGUCACUACAAUAGUUAACUUGUGACUCCGAGCCACUACAAUAGUUAACUUGUGACUCAGUCACUACAAUAGUUAACUUGUGACUCAGAGUCACUACAAUAGUUAACUUGUGACUCCGAGUCACUACAAUAGUUAACUUGUGACUCAGGGUCACUACAAUAGUUAACUUGUGACUCAGUCACUACAAUAGUUAACUUGUGACUCAGAGUCACUACAAUAGUUAACUUGUGACUCAGUCACUUCAAUAGUUAACUUGUGACUCAGAGUCACUACAAUAGUUAACUUGUGACUCCGAGUCACUACAAUAGUUAACUUGUGACUCAGUCACUACAAUAGUUAACUUGUGACUCAGUCACUACAAUAGUUAACUUGUGACUCCGAGCCACUACAAUAGUUAACUUGUGACUCAGUCACUACAAUAGUUAACUUGUGACUCAGUCACUACAAUAGUUAACUUGUGACUCAGAGUCACUACAAUAGUUAACUUGUGCCUCAGAGUCACUUCAGUAGUUAACUUGUGACUCAGAGUCACAACAAUGGUUAACUUGUGACUCAGAGUCACUACAAUAGUUAGCUUGUGACUCAGAGCCACUACAGUAGUUAACUUGUGACUCAGAGUCACUACAAUAGUUAACUUGUGCCUCAGAGUCACUACAGUAGUUAACUUGUGGCUCAGAGUCACUACAAUGGUUAACUUGUGACUCAGAGUCACUACAAUAGUUAGCUUGUGACUCAGAGCCACUACAGUAGUUAACUUGUGACUCAGAGUCACUACAAUAGUUAACUUGUGACUCAGAGUCACUACAAUAGUUAAUUUGUGACUUGGCGCCACUACAGUAGUUAACUUGUGACUCAUCAGAGUCACUAGAGUGGUAAACUUUAACUCGUGGGGCCACCACAGUGGUUAACUUUUGUCUCUGAGCCAUCCACUACAUAACAAUUCAGUAUUGACAGUAAUUGUUUCCAUACCAUUGCCAUCUUAGAAAUACAGAGUUAAUUCUUAUUUGAUAAGUUAAUUAGUUUAUAAGUGACUUUUUAAGAUAUUUUUUUAUUAAUAUGACUUUCAUAUUCCCUUGAAAUAUGUAAAACUGUACUGUUAUGAUAAUAAAUUUGUAUACAAUUGUA